CCCUCUCUCUCUCUCUCUCCAUCUCUCUCUGUCCCGUUCCCCCUUUCCCCCGCCUCUCUCCGCCCUGCCGCCGGCGGCCCUGGCAGAGCAGGCACUGCAGGGGGAUCUCAAUGUAACACCAUGACAGGCAUCGCCGCCGCCUCCUUCUUCUCCAAUACCUGCAGGUUCGGGGGCUGCGGGCUCCACUUCCCAAGCCUGGCUGAGCUCAUCGAGCACAUUGAGGAUAACCACAUCGAUACAGACCCACGUGUGUUAGAGAAACAAGAACUACAGCAGCCAACAUAUGUUGCUCUAAGUUACAUUAACAGAUUUAUGACUGAUGCAGCUCGCCGUGAGCAGGAAUCCUUGAAGAAAAAGAUUCAGCCUAAACUCUCUUUGACUUUGUCAAGCUCAGUGUCCCGUGGGAAUGUAUCUACUCCACCCCGCCACAGCAGUGGAAGCCUUACUCCUCCAGUCACCCCCCCAAUCACUCCCUCCUCCUCAUUUCGUAGUAGUACACCAACAGGUAGCGAAUAUGAUGAGGAAGAAGUAGACUAUGAAGAAUCAGACAGUGAUGAGUCCUGGACCACAGAAAGCGCCAUCAGCUCGGAAGCUAUCCUCAGUUCAAUGUGUAUGAAUGGAGGGGAUGAGAAGCCUUUUGCCUGUCCUGUUCCUGGAUGUAAAAAAAGAUACAAGAAUGUGAACGGUAUAAAGUACCAUGCCAAGAAUGGCCACAGAACACAGAUCCGUGUACGCAAACCAUUCAAAUGUCGUUGUGGAAAGAGUUACAAGACAGCUCAGGGCUUGCGGCACCACACAAUCAAUUUCCAUCCCCCAGUGUCUGCUGAGAUUAUCAGGAAGAUGCAGCAAUAACAUGCUGGUCACAAAUGUGCCAAGAAAUCCUCACCAGCAGUUGCUGAUUUUGAAACCAGCCACCUUUUUCAGGGGAAGCAUUCAGCAACCCUUGAAAAAAAUGAAAUGCAUGCUUUAAAUUUUUCUGUAAUUUUGGAAUGAUGUAUCUUUGUAGAGUUAAUGAUUUUGUACAUUUGCACUUGUAAUCAUCAUACCCAUUUUCAUUACUUUGAUAUAAGGUGCUAAAAAAAAGCUAUAGGUUCUUCAGAACACUUUCCCCAAAACAAAAAUUAGGGGGUGUUGCAUAUUUAGUUGUACUGCAGUGUUAAAUAGGGGCGUGAAGAGGAACGCUUGGCACUGACAUCAUUUCAAGAUUGUAAUGUGGUUGAAGAUUUUCAACGCAUCCGUUCAUGUGUGUGUAAAACCAAAACAAUACCACCAUUGUCAAACUGGUUAACAUGCCUUACAUAAUGGAGUUUAUCAGUGGUGUAGCAAGUCUUUAGGUAUUGGAAAUAUAAAUAAGAAAGAAUGUUUAACAUAAUAUGCUAAAAAUAUUUUCAUACUUAAAUAACAUACAUAAAAAGGUGUGCUUGCUGUAUUUUAUAUUAUCUUGCAAAUUCUUUUUUCCCUUUUGAAAUGCUGAAAAUCUUGCCAUUUGAACUAGUAAACAAUCACCUUUAGUGUUAGGAUUAUUACUUUGUUUUUAUACAAGAUGAUGUAUUAAGUUCAUGCCCAUCAAGCUUUUGAGGACGAAGAUCCCAGGCCAACUAAAUAUUUUCUCCUGAAAUCUACUGUUAGAAAGACACUUCGAAAUACUUAAGUGCAAAUUUGUGUGUGAGAGAGAAACAAUUCUAUCUUCAUCUCAGAUGAAGUUUUAAAGCACUUUGUAGUUCUCUGUUGCCAACAGAUUUAAUGUUUUAUGCGUUGCCAAUUCUUGCAACUACAGUACUAACUUAUGCCUGUGGUUGCAAAUAAAAAUUCUAAGUUUGGUUUAAGGAGGUAUGUUAUUUGUGUUACGGAAAUUUCUAGUGACCCUCCUUCACGUUCAUUAUAUUUUGAAAUUUUCUUUGUAUAUUUUUUGCCUCUUGUUGUACAUCACUGCAUUCCAAUUGGAAAUGUCUGUUUAGCUUUACAAAUCACUUUGCUGAAAUAUGACAUGAGCCUUACUGAAGAUGAAGUGCUUCUUGCAGCCAGUGUCAAAGAUUGACUUGAAACAAGAGCCAUCAUAAAAUAACUUGUCUGGACCAUACAUGAACAUAUAUUGCUUACAGUACCAUCAUGCCUUGAGCAUUCUUCUCUCACAAGUGCUAUUCUUUGAAGCUUAGA